CAUUUGAUGACACGUGAAUAGAGAUGACGAUUUGGUCGAAGUAGAGAAGAUUCAUUGAUUCAACAUUCGCGACUCUCUUUACUAUAUAUAUUAUUAGUUUACCCAUUUGAGACUCCAAAAUCAAUUUUACCUUCUUCCACAAACGUCACAAUGACGCUACACAUCACUGAGACUGUCCGAGUCUCCCCUGCCGCCGACUCGGACUCUGUCCUCAACACAGCCAACUCGCUCACAAUCCCUUUAACAUUCUUCGACCUACCAUGGCUAGUAUUUCACCCUGUCACACGAGUCUUCUUCUACAAACUCACCGAGUCGACCCAUGAGCAUUUCCACUCUAUCAUCCUCCCUAAGCUCAAGCUCUCUCUCUCCCUUGUCCUGCGCAACUACCUCCCUCUCACCGGCCAUAUCACCUGGAACACAAACGAAGCCAAACCAAGCAUCCUGGUCACUCCAAAUGACGCCGUUUUGGUGACUAUAGCCGAGAGUGAAGCUGACUUUUCUCAUUUGUCCGGCUAUGGACAACGUCCUGUCUCCAAGUUACACGCCUUGCUUCCCAAGUUACCUGUUACGGAUGACUCAGCCACAGCCUUCUCCAUACAAAUCACGUUGUUCCCGAACCAAGGAUUCUCUAUCGGCGUCACAGCACACCACGCCGUUUUAGACGGGAAAACGUCAAGCACGUUCAUCAAAACUUGGGCACACAUCUGCAAACAACAACUUGAAAACAUGCCGGAGAAUCUGAUUCCAUCUUAUGAUCGGUCGGUGAUCAAAGAUCCGACCGGACUUGAUGAAAAGAUGAUAGAGAUGGUGAGAUCUCUCAAAGAGGACAAAACCAACGUUGUCUUGAGCUUGACACCGUUUCCGGCAAAAAAACUCGGAGACGACGUUGUCUUGGCCACGCUCGUGCUCUCUAGGGAUGACAUCGAGACACUCAGGGAGCGAGUCAAGAACGAGUCACCGAGCCUUCACUUGUCCACUUUUGUCAUUGCCUACGCUUACGCGUGGACUUGCUUUGUUAAGGCACGUGGAGGCAAUGGAGAGAGAUCAGUGAGUUUUCUGUUCGUAGGGGAUUUUAGAGAACGGUUGGAUCCGAAGCUUCCGGCGAGUUACUUCGGAAACUGUAUGUUUCCGGUGGGUUGUUACAACCGUAAGGCGGCCGAGUUUACGGAAGAGAAGGGGUUUGUGACGGCGGCUGAGAUUCUUAAUGAUUUGGUCAAAGGAUUGAGUUCAAGAAAGAUAGAGACUAUUGCGGACUCCUUUAUUGAAGGAUUUGGUUUUAAGAGUUGGAGCACACAGUUUGGGACGGUUGCUGGGUCGACCCGGUUGGGAGUAUACGAGGCGGAUUUCGGGUGGGGAAGACCCGUUAAGGUUGAUAUUGUCUCUAUCGACCAAGGGAAGGCGAUCUCGAUGGCAGAGAGACGUGAUGAAUCAGGUGGCCUGGAGAUUGGAAUGUGUUUGAAAAAGUCAGAAAUGGACAUGGUAGUGUCUUUUUUCAAGAAUGGUUUAAAAAGUUAAACCUUUUUGUUUUGUGAUAUUUUAAUAAAAAGGUAUAUUUUGUUCAGCUCUUCUUGUUUAUCUCACAAGAAAAUUGUUGGGGAUAUGUACUGUAGCUCUAAUUUCAAACAGAAAUAAAUCUUGUUCCGUGGGAUACA